UGCUGGGCCCAGAGAAGCAGGAACAUGGCCCCGGCGAAGCGCGCCGAGGCGGUGCGGGCCGGAGGGGCCCAGGCGCAGGGCGGGCCGGCCGGACGCCUCGGAUUCAAGAAGAAGCGGCAGCAACAGCAGCGGGCAUGGCGGGCGAACUCACGGAAUGUUUUCUCCGGCAGCGUCCGCGAGGGACAAGGAUUUGCAUUUCAGAGGAAACAAAAGAUUCAGCAAGAAUACAAGAAAUUGCUAAGGAAAGAAAAAAAGGCACAAAUUUCACAAGAGUCUCAGUUUACAGAAAGAUAUCCAGAGCAUUUAAAACAUCUGUAUUUAGCUGAAGAAGAAAUGCUCAGGAGACAGCGUAAAAAAGAAAAACAACCUUUGCCAGAAGAAGAAUGUAGCACAACAGUGGACCCUAUUGACACUCCAAAAAGAAAUAAGAAAAAAACAUCAAACCAAAAGGCAAAAGAAGAGUAUGAAAGGGUGCAAGCUAAGCGUGCUGCUAAGAAACAGGAGUUUGAGAAAAGAAAGCAAGAAAGAGAAGAAGCACAACAGCGCUACAAAAAAAAGAAAAUGGAAGCAUAUAAAGUACUGAGCAAAAGGACUAAAAAAGGCCAACCAAAUCUGAACUUACAAAUGGAGUAUCUUCUAAAGAAAAUACAAGAGAAAACAUAAAGCAUAUUUUGUUCUUUGAUAUAUAUUAAAAUAUAUUUUUAUAUUGUC